AUGAUGAUAGUUCUCUGGGAUGAUAAGAAAGAUACCUGCAACACCGGCGACCUGCUUCUCGAUCUCAAGCCUCCACUGUACUUCCGCGCCUUCUGCAAAUGGUUCACUGUGCGCUUCGAAUCUCGCCAGCUCGCUAAACGCGACUACCCUCACGAGGAAUGCGAAUACUAUCGAGUGCACCAUGGCCUCAGGUACAAGUAUCCAGCCAUCUUCAUCCGUUUCAACAGAGGUUUUGCACCGCGAAUCUUCUCAAAGAAAACUUUCAGCUUUGCAGUCUGUCAGUACUUGACAGACAUCGGCAUGAUUGAACUUGAAGAGCACAAGGGAUUCGACUCUGUCAUGGGAAUCGCGACUGGGAAGGUUGCUCGGCACUCAGCAGACUGCAAGACUCCGAUCCCCGUUUACAAUCAGUACACCAUCUACGGUCGAGACUAUGAAGAGACUGCCCGCACCUCCAGGCCCGCAAAAAUCGGCACUGGCGACUAA